AUGGUUAUCAAAGAGGCUCAGAGUAUAGGUUUGAAUGCUCGCAAAGCACAAGGGCUCGAUCAAGAAAAGUUGACUAGAAGCUCAUUAACAGAAGUGAAACGAAAACUAGCAAAUGAGGUUGGUUCCAUUUCCAUACUCGUGCAUUUACUUGCUACGUUCUCAUCAUCAUUCAGGUAA